AUGGCCGUCACGCUCAGUUCUGUUACCUCGCCAUCACCUCUCCUCACUACGACCACCUACCACCUCGCCAUCCCCUAUCCUCGCUACGACCACCUACCACCUCGCCAUCCCCUAUCCUCGCUACAACCACCUACCACCUCGCGAUCUCCUAUCAUCGCUACAACCUCCUCCUCCCAUCCUCGCUGCGACCUCCUCUUCACGUCGCCACGACCUACCACCUCGCCAUCUCCAAUCCUCGCUACGACCUCCUCCUCCUCCCAACUUGUCGUCUUCUAUCCUCGCUACGACCUCCACCUACCACCUCGUCAUCUCCUAUCCUCGCUACGACCUCCUCCCACCUUGCCAUCUUCUAUCCUCGCUACGACCUCCUCCCACCUUGCCAUCUCCUAUCCUCGCUACGACCUCCUACCACCUCGCCAUCUCCCAUCCUCGUUGCAACCUCCUCCUCCUCACGUCGCCACGACCUACCACCUCGCCAUCUCCUAUCCUCGCUACGACCUCCUCCCACCUUGCCAUCUCCUAUCCUCGCUACGACCUCCUCCCACCUCGCCAUCCCCUAUCCUCGCUACGACCACCUCCCCAUCUCCUAUCCUCGCUACGACCACCUCCCCAUCUCCUAUCCUCGCUACGACCUCCUCCUUCCAACUUGCCGUCUCCUAUCCUCGCUACGACCUCCACCUACCACCUCGCCAUCUCCUAUCCUCGCUACGACCUCCUCCUCCCACCUUGCCAUCUCCUAUCCUCGCUACGACCUCCACCUACCACCUCGCCAUCUCCUAUCUUUGCUACGACCUCCAUCUCUAA